GCCGUCGCCGCCGCUCGUGGUCGUUUCGCUAUGGCACUUUCGCGGGGCUUGCCCCGUGAGCUGGCCGAAGCCGUGGCCGGAGGUCGGGUGUUGGUGGUGGGUGCGGGUGGCAUCGGCUGCGAGCUCCUCAAGAACCUGGUGCUGACCGGCUUCUCCCACAUCGAUCUGAUUGAUCUGGAUACUAUUGAUGUCAGCAAUCUCAACAGACAGUUUUUGUUUCAAAAGAAACAUGUUGGAAGAUCAAAGGCACAGGUUGCCAAAGAAAGUGUGCUACAGUUUUACCCAAAAGCUAAUAUCACAGCCUACCAUGACAGCAUCAUGAGCCCUGACUAUAAUGUGGAAUUUUUUCGACAGUUUAUAUUAGUUAUGAAUGCUUUAGAUAACAGAGCUGCCCGCAACCAUGUAAAUAGGAUGUGUUUGGCAGCUGAUGUGCCUCUUAUUGAGAGUGGAACUGCCGGUUAUCUUGGACAAGUAACUAUCAUCAAAAAGGGUGUAACCGAGUGUUAUGAAUGUCACCCUAAACCAACCCAGAGAACUUUUCCUGGCUGUACAAUCCGUAACACACCUUCAGAGCCUAUUCACUGCAUCGUGUGGGCAAAGUAUUUGUUCAACCAGUUGUUUGGGGAAGAAGAUGCUGAUCAAGAAGUAUCUCCUGACAGAGCUGAUCCUGAAGCUGCCUGGGAGCCAAUGGAAGCUGAAGCCAGAGCCAGAGCAUCUAAUGAAGAUGGUGACAUUAAACGUAUUUCCACUAAGGAGUGGGCUAAAUCAACUGGUUAUGAUCCAGUUAAACUUUUUACCAAGCUCUUUAAAGAUGAUAUUAGGUACCUGUUGACUAUGGACAAGCUAUGGAGGAAAAGGAAACCGCCAGUUCCACUCGACUGGGCUGAAGUACAAAGUCAAGGUGAAGAAACCAAUGCGUCUGAUCAACAAAAUGAACCCCAGUUAGGUUUGAAAGACCAGCAGGUUCUAGAUGUAAAGAGCUAUGCAAGUCUUUUUUCCAAAAGCAUUGAGACUUUGAGAGUGCAUUUAGCCGAAAAAGGGGAUGGAGCUGAGCUCAUAUGGGACAAGGAUGACCCAUCUGCAAUGGAUUUUGUCACCUCUGCUGCAAACCUCAGGAUGCAUAUUUUCAGUAUGAAUAUGAAGAGCAGAUUUGAUAUAAAGUCAAUGGCAGGGAAUAUCAUUCCUGCUAUCGCUACAACUAAUGCAGUGAUUGCUGGAUUGAUAGUGUUAGAAGGUUUGAAGAUUCUAUCAGGAAAAAUAGACCAAUGUAGAACAAUUUUUUUGAAUAAGCUUCCAAACCCAAGAAAGAAGCUCCUUGUGCCUUGUGCAUUAGAUUCUCCCAACCCCAAUUGUUAUGUUUGUGCCAGCAAGCCAGAGGUGACUGUACGACUGAACGUCCAUGAAGUGACUGUUCUCACACUACAAGAUAAGAUAGUAAAAGAAAAAUUUGCCAUGGUAGCACCAGAUGUGCAAAUUGAAGAUGGGAAAGGAACAAUCUUAAUAUCUUCAGAAGAAGGAGAAACAGAAGGUAAUAAUCACAAGAAGUUGUCAGAAUUUGGAAUUCGAAAUGGUAGUCAACUUCAAGCCGAUGAUUUCCUUCAGGACUACACUUUAUUGAUCAACAUCCUUCAUAGUGAAGACCUAGGAAAGGAUGUUGAAUUUGAAGUGGUUGGUGAUGCUCCAGAAAAAGUAGGACCAAAACAAGCAGAAGAUGCUGCCAAAAGUAUAACCAAUGGAAGUGAUGAUGGAGCUCAACCUUCUACGUCCACAGCACAAGAGCAAGAUGAUGUGCUUAUAGUUGACUCCGAUGAAGAAGGCCCUUCAAAUAACACUGGCCACAGUGAAGAAGAGCGAAGUCGCAAAAGGAAAUUGGAUGAAAAAGAUCACGUCAGUGUGAAGAAGUUACGUACAGAACCGGUGGACGAGCUUGAUGCUGUCAUUGCAUUAGAUUGAAGAGAAAUGGCCCUCCAGACCUGACCUGGAUGCCUGAGUCAUCUGGGCAGAACCAGGUUUGCUAUGUCUUUUGUUCCAAAGGGGAAAAAGCCUCACCAUCGACUUUAACAUGAUUCCGCUCCCUUUGAAAGCAUUCGUUUUGCAAGAACAAUUAGAAACAUUACAGUAUGCUGUAUUGAAAGUAGGAAUAUAGUUUUAAAAUCCUUUGAACAAAGUGUGUGUAUAAACAAGCAGUCAUGAGGGGGGAAAAAAACAGUAAAAUGCAUGUUUUGUUUUAAUGUAAAUAUCCGUAGGUAUCAUUUAAUAGUUUUAAAAUAUUGUGGUUUAGUAAAGUUGAUACCUGGUUAUAAAUAUUAUGCCUUUAUUUUUGGUUAGAAAAAGAAUUAUUUUUAGCCUAGAUCUAACCAUUUUCAUACUCUUAACUGAAGCAGAUUCAGACGUAUCGAGUGCUAUGCAUUGAAACUUGUUUUAAAUGUUAACUAGCACUGUAUAUUACUGUAAAACGAUGCUAAUUUACUCCAGUUUUCAGUUUGUACUGCCUGGUAUGUCUCUGUAAGAAGCCAGUUUUUGUGUAUUGUUACAGUUUCAGGUUAUUUAUAUUUGACGUUUUGUAAAACUCAAAUACAACUAUACUGUACUUGGACCAAAUAAAUGUCAUUGCUUACUUGUUA